UAAGUGCAGCACUGAUUCUGACAUUCCUGUCAUUUUGACAAUACUUUUCACCAUAAGAACAGUGAAAAAUAAUUCUACACAUAAGUUCUUACAAAGAAUUUGUAUUUAAUUUAUGUCAAUGUAUUCUAAUUGUUAAAAUAAUUUUAAUUAAAUUCUUAUUUAUUGAUUAUUAAUUCAAACAUGGCUCGUGAAUAUGAAGGUGUCAGAUAUAUUUCUGAUAAACAAAUGGUAAUAUUUGAUAUUGGUAGUGCAUAUACAAAAUUUGGUUAUGCCGGAGAAACGAUGCCAAGAGGAAUAAUCAAAACAAUAGUCAAAUGUCCUGAAUCCAAAGAAAUGAGAAAAGUAUUUGAUUAUUUGGAUGUGGAUGAUUUGUAUCAACUUCUUGUUGAAUUUCUGCAUUUACUUUUCCUCAGGCAUGUUGUCAUCAGUCCAAAAGAUUCAAAAGUACUUAUCGUAGAAUCUUCAUUAACUCCUUCUCAAUUUAGAGAUACACUUGCUAAAGUAAUGUUUCGACAUUUUGAAAUUGGUUCAUUGCUCUUUUUACCAACGCAUUUAGCAACAAUUAGUACACUAGGAACUGAUACGGUUUUAGUAUUGGAUGUUGGUUAUCAAGAAGCAACAUUAAUUCCUAUUUAUGAAGGUGUACCAAUUUUAAAAGCGUGGCAAGCUUUACCACUUGGUGCUCAAGUUGUACAUAAAAAUAUAAAAACACAUUUAGAAAAAAGUUUGCCUGAUUAUGAUUUGACUGAAGAUAUUAUUGAAGAUAUCAAAGUGAGAACUUGUUUUGUUACUACAUUGGAAAGAUCUAAAAAAUUAGAAUCUCAAGAUCCUCCAACUCCUCCACCAGCAGUUAAAUAUCCUAGUGUAAAAACUGUUACUAUUCUGGGAGAAAUAAGAGAAAAAGCUUAUGAAGUAUUAUGGGAAAGAGAUAACGAUAAUCUUAGUAUACCAACUAUGAUUUUGGAUGCUAUUAUUAAAUGUCCGAUAGAUAUCAGACGUGUCCUAGCAGAGAAUAUAUUAUUAAUAGGUGGUACAGCAAUGGCCAAAGGUUUUGCGAGUCGUUUAAAAGCAGAAUUAUUAUCUUUAUUGAAAAGUGAUUUAUAUGCUGAUAAAUUAAAAAUAAAAACAUUUAAAUUUCAUUCAGCUCCAAGUAAACCAAAUUAUACAGCUUGGUUAGGAGGAGCAAUUUAUGGUAUUGCAGAUUUUCCUUCAAGAUGUCUAACCAAAGAAACUUAUUUAAAAUUGAACAGAGUUCCAGAUUGGACUAAUUUAAUAGAUAAUCAAAAAGAAGAUUCAUUAAUUUGUGAAAUGUAAUAUAUGUAAUAUAUAAGCUUUAUCUUAUAUUUAUGUAUUUAUCUUUUAACAUCUAGUAUUAAA